CCGGGCCGAGGUACUUAAACGGAGAGCGAUCGGGAAGUCCUCACCUCACAGCGAGCAGACAAGGGAUACACACACCUGUAGCAGCUUCUUUCUCUAGCUGGGAUACCGACCCUUACAGAGACCAUGGCGAACUUGUCGGCCCUGGCCCUAGCCCUCUUGUUGAUGGGCACGAUAGCCAGAGGAGACUAUGGCGGUGGAGGAGAUGGUGGAUAUGGCGGUGGUGAUGAAGGUGGUUACGGUGGUGGAGACGAAGGAGGUUACGGCGGCGGAGAUUAUGGCGGUGGACACGGUGGUGGCGACUCGUACGGAGGUGGAGAAUCUUAUGGUGGUGGAGGAGGAGGUUAUGAACACCACUACAAAGAACCAAUUGUCCAUGUCAUACACAAAGACGUUCCUGUAUACCACAAGGUUGCCAUCCCUAAACCAGUACCAGUACCCAAGUACUAUCCAGUGCCCAAACCAGUGCACGUACCUCAUCAUGUACCAGUACCAGUAAAGGUACCCGUGUACAAGACCAUCCCCAAAAUCAUCACCAUCCCCAAGACUGUGCCCGUGCACAAGAUCAUCCAUGUGCCCAAGCACGUGCCCGUAGGAGUACCAGUUCCCGUCUACAAACCGGAACCAGUGCCAAUCUACAAGACCGUGCACGUUCCCAAACCAGUGCCAGUUCCCGUCCACAUAAAGGUACCUAAGUACGUACCCGUACCCGUACACAAGAUCAUCAAGGUGCCCAAACCCUACCCAGUGCCCGUCAAGGUUCCUGUCUACAAGGAGACACUAGUCAAGAAACCCGUCGUCCUGCACGUACCUGUCUACGUCAAGGCUCACAGCGAAGGUGGAUAUGGCGGUGGUGACGGCGGAUACGGAGGUGGCGGACACGGUGGCGGAUACAGCAGCGGAGGUGGAGGUGGAUACAGCAGUGGAGGUGGAGGCGGAUAUGGCGGAGGCGGACAUGGAGGAGAUGGAGGAUAUGGAGGAAGUGACGGCGGAUACGGAGGAGGACACGAAGAAGGAGGAUAUGGCGGUGGCGACGGAGGAUAUGGUGGUGGAGGAAAUGAAUACGGACACGGAGGUUGGUAAACGGUGCUCAGAGGACAACUAAACUCAUCUCGCCGUCCUUGGGGAAAAAACAAACGAAAACAUCGAGACAUGGACUUUUGUAGAUAUGGUCAUCACGGCUUGCUGUGUAUACACUCAAUUUCUUACUUUUUUACUGAAGCAGAUCUCUACUUUUAAUUUGAUGUUAUCAAACUAUUCCAAGAUAAUCUGAAUCAACUCUCCUACGCAAAAUGUAUACCAGACAAAUGAUCCGUUUUAAUUUCGUAGGCAACAGGGAAUUUUAGUAAUAUCUUUUCCUGGAUAUAACUCAAAAACUUCCCGUGCUUUGUUUACGAAAACCGUAAGACUUUCUAAAACUGAUUUCUUUUUCAAAAGAAUGACUGAUUCAAAAUUACAACAUUUACCCACUUCCCACUCUCUUUAAAAUUCUUGUCCCCGAAUAACAACUGCAUUUCAAAAAGGAAACAUCUUUAGAAUGUAAAAUUACAUCAAAAUUCUCACAAUCGUACUUCGUCUAAAAUGCUGCUAUCUGGUAGAGUAGUAUGGUAACAUCCCCCUGUACAUAAAAACCUUCCCUCCAUUUUUGCCGCCUGUACAUAGUAUCUGAAAAAUCGCUUCGGUUGUGUUCACUCUUCCUCUUUUUUGUGUCCAAGUCAUCUAAUUGUUUUGUAGCGUGGGACA